AUGAAGAUUGUGUACAAAUCCACGAAGUCUCCAAAGAAGCCUGAGACGGUUGAAGUGAAUGUUUCGACUGUUGUCAUCAAACCAGUGGAACCUGUUGAUGAUACAGUAGUGGCAGAGAAUAUUCCUUCAAAAUCUGGUGAUUUCCGACGAUUGAAGAAAAGGACUAGGGGUUCACGAAAAUCUUCUGAUGGUGUGUUAAAAUCUUCUCCUUCUAAUGUUCGUAAACCACAACUCUCUCAUCAAGGAGUCAUUUUUCGAGAGGUUCCAGUUCCAGUUUCGCCUCUAUCCAAGAAACGUCGAGCUGAAGAUGUGGCCAAACCCAAUUUAAAGAAGAAGAAACGGCAACGCAAAUUUGGGGAGUAA